GAAUCUGUCCCGUUUCAAGAUGGCGGCCGCACUGAGGCGCAAACAUGUGUCACGUGACUCAUUUUACACCUAAACAGAAACUGAAACAGCUCGACAAGCAUCACUCUCUGAGCUCGAGGCGUCCACUCGUUUGACCCAUCAUUACUGUUAAUAAAGAUGGACAAGAUUUACAAUUUGCUUGAGAGGCACAGGCUUGAAUCCUACUACAGCCCAUUUCAGACGUUAGGGGUAAAAGAUGAGCAAGACUUUUGUGACAGUGUCACUGAUGAAGACUUGAGCAGCCUUGGGUUGACCCAUGUGGAGAAGAAUCGUUUCAAAGAGAUGCAGAGGUUCAUUGGGACACUCCGAGCUCCUGCACCAGGGACAUCUUCAUCAGUGCAGUCCAAGAAAGCUUUCUCUCUGAAGUACACUUACCCCAAAUGUCCAGGGCUUAAAAUGAUCACAGAUAUGGAUCCUGCUCAGAACACAGUGGAAGAUCUGAUGCUGAGGAUCGGACAUGCAGAGAACAUUGUUUCUUCUAAUGGAGUUUGUCUCUACACAGAGGAUGGAAUGCCCCUGACUGAUGACCCCUUCUUUAACACAUGGUCAUUGCAGGACAGACAUAUCAUGGACGGAGACAUCAUCUAUGCCAUAUUUACUCCCAAAGAGAAUCUGCUGACAGCAGCAGAUAGCACGACAGACCCUGUGUCGCUGUCAGGAAAUGAUACUGUCCGCUGCCAUGUCAUGCUAAGGGGAGACUUUGAAGUUAACAUUGAUUGGGCAGUUGACACAGUUUCAGAUGUUAAGAAUAAGCUUAGUGCAAUCAGUGGAAUUCCUGAAAAUGUUCUUCACUACAGAUGUGACACUAGCUCUGAGGAUGCUCAACAACAGCUUUGGAUGGAAGAGGGGACAUCACUGAAUUUCUCUCUUUCCUCUUUCACUGAUCUUGAGAGAAAUAAAUUAUUUACAGACAUUACACCUUCAGUUCAGCAAACCAAAAAAGGAAUCAGUGUUUUCCUAGCAUCUCUUUAUGUCAUUGAAACAAAAACUUCUGUUAUCCAACAUAGCAACCUGAUUGGCUUUAUACGAAAAGUGACUGGAUGCAGCCCUCUAGCUCAAAGUCUGUGGCAGCUUCUACAGAAGAAUCAGAUUUUAUCCAGGACUCAAAAGAUCGCAGUGAUUGAAGGCUUCUACACCCUAUUUCGGGAGAUACUGCCAAAACCUGGAUCUACUGAUGGACACAGGAUCAUAGAGGACCAAGAAGUUUUUGAGAAUUCACUUUUCUGCUGGUCAUAUAUUAUGUCAGAAGCCAAGAAAGGCAGCCCCCACCAUGAAAAUUAUGCUCCAAUUUCACUAUUUUCCGAGAAUGGCAAGCGUUUCUGUGAACCAGUCACUGUACCUGGGCUGCCAGGCCCCAUGGAGAGGGCAGAUGUGCUGCAAAAAAUCAGAGAUGGUGAAACUAUCCCACUCUGCACUGAGAAGGUGUUGAGUCCUACAUCACUGAAGAGACGCACAGAUAUUGAGAAAAUCCUGCUCAGCGUUCAUCCAUUCCUGAGAACAUAUCACAAGUGCAUUUCACACAAUGAUGUCCCUGGACAGAACUUUCAGUUGGAAACAAUGAAGACCCUUGAAGUUAUGACUGAGGAAAUGAAAGCUUUCCCCUCGCUCUAUGUGACUCCUCCACUGCUGCUGAAGAAUCUGGGACAGUACGAUACAUGCUUGGUUUACCUUAGUGAAGAUAACCUUGGUGUUUACUUGCAUAAAGGCAAGUCAAGGCCUGAACAAAUACAUGUGUAUGAUUGUCUGUCUGGAGAAACGCAAACUGUUGAUGUAGAUGUUUUGGCUGCGCGGACUGGAGAUUACAGAAAGAACCAACCUGUAACCACAACCAGAACCCCAAAAGAAGCUAUUCUGGUUCUAGUAGAUACGAGCUCAUCUAUGAAUGAGAAGUGCUAUGGAAGUGUGGAUAUAGAGAAGAUCCAUGUUGUCAAAGAACUCUUCAAUAACUUUGCCAAUCGGAGCAUGGCAUAUGAUUUCCAUCACAUCAUCAGUCUUGUGAAGUUUGACUCUACAGUUAAAACUCUUCAGACCUUCACAGAAACACUUGAAACAUUCAAGGACAGUGUGCAAAAUCUUGAAGCAAAUGGAGGCACAGCGCUUUAUGACGCUCUUGAACUUGGGAGACGCAAGUUAAAAAAAGUCAAGACAGAAUUCCCAAACUGUGUUCUGCGUGUUCUGUGCAUCACAGACGGGAAUGAUUCUAGUUCCACCAUUGAACCAGAUGAUGUUGCUAUCAAUCUGAUAAAAUCUGGCAUCAUUAUGGAUUCAGUUCUUCUUGGAACAGUAGAGAACAAUAUGCUCCAUGGGAUCAGCAUUGCCUCUGGUGGCUGCUGUUUUAAACCUGAGACGAGCAAAGACGGUUUAAAACUGUUUGAAGCAGAAACCAUUUUGUCUUUAGCAAUGCGAAAACCCAAAAACAAAGCAGACCCGUCUUCUGUUACCAAGGGUUUUUUAACUGGACUAUUCGCAGUUCAUGGAUAUGAUGACCUCCCAGAAGCUGUCUUACCCACUGAGAUCUCCAGUAAAGUGACUGCACCAGAAGCUGCUUUGAAAAAGAAAAUCCGUGAGGCCAAAGAUGGACGUUUCAUGGAGAGGGACAGGCGGAUCUUGGAGGAGUUGAAGAGUCUACACUGUCAGCCACAUCCUUUCUUUCAAAUCUACCCAUCAGAAACUGACUUUACGUUUUGGAGAGUUCUCAUGGAAGGCCCUCCGGAUACACCUUAUGAGAGUGGAGUGUUCGAGCUCUUCUGUCAGUUUGGUCCUGAAUACCCAGUGAAACCACCGACAGUCCGCUUCAUCACUUUUAUAUAUCACUGCAAUAUCAACAAUGUGGGCCGAAUUUGCCACAACAUAUUUGAUCGUGGAUACAACGCACACAUCACAAUGAGAGAGAUCUUAAAUGCUGUGUAUGGACUGUUGAUGGAUCCAGAGCCUCAAGAUCCACUGGACAGCAUUUUGGCCGAGGAGUACCUGACAAGCCGCAGCAAGUAUGACGAAGAAGCCAAAAAGCACACUGAAAAGAGUGCAGGGCAAACACUGGAUGAAAUGGAAAAGAAAUUGGUUGAAACUGUGAAGCCUUUACCCGAAAAACUCACCUGUCCUCUCACCAAGAAACUCUAUGUUGAUCCUGUGAUAACAAUAUAUAAAGAUAUUUAUGAACGAAAAGCAAUUGAAAAACAUCUUAAACAAUCGGAAUAUGAUCCAUUUGCCGAUCGUCAGAAGCCACUGACAAUGUUGGACUGGAAACCCUGUCCUCACAUGAGAGCCAUGGUAACUGAAUAUCGGAACAGUCAAAUUUUGUAAACUACAUUGUAGAAGCAAAGAUUGCGUAUUUUGUUUUCUUGUUUUUUAGUUGUAUUCAUUCUUAACAUAAAUGUCAUCUUAAUACCUUGUCUCUAAGAUUACAGAGCUAGUUUGUUCCUUAUUUUUUAUAGACUCUUUGCAGCUUCCAGACACAGUUUUCUUAUAGUCACAAUAGCCCACUCUGUAUUCUGAUAUUUUGGUUUGUUUAGCCACACAUUAUUGUAUUCCAUAAGAAGGCUUUUAUCUUAGCCUGUAGACACGUAUAAAAAAUAUCCAUGCAUUUGAAUGUGAUUUCAGUCCCAUAUGUUGCCAUGGACACUGAAUAUUAAAAUUAAACAGUUGGAUUUUUUUAAUGAA